GGUCACCAACGGUGGCAAAACCACCCUGACCAACAGGCUCACCAAGGCGCUGCCCAACUGCUGCGUGGUGCACCAGGAUGACUUCUUCAAGCCACAAGAUCAAAUAGAAGUCGGGGAAGACGGCUUUAAACAAUGGGAUGUGUUGGACUCCUUGGAUAUGGAGGCAAUGGUGAGCACUGUGCGUGCCUGGAUUGAGAACCCAGUGAAGUUUGCCCGUUCCCAUGGGGUGAAUGUUACGCCUGGCUCUAAAGAGCCAGCUUCCAAAGAUACCCAUAUAUUGGUCAUUGAAGGCUUCCUGCUUUAUAAUUACAAACCACUGAUAGACCUCUUCGACUUGCGCUACUACCUGGCAGUUCCAUAUGAUGAGUGCAAAAGGAGGAGAAGUACACGUAACUACACUGUUCCUGACCCACCGGGUCUCUUUGAUGGACACGUCUGGCCCAUGUACUUGAAACACAGGAAAGCAAUGGAGGACUGUGGUGUUGAUGUUGUUUAUUUAGAUGGACUCAAGUCCCGAGAUGAACUCUACAACCAAGUCUUUGAGGAUAUUCACAACAAGCUUUUGAACUGCUGA